AUUGUAAACAUAAUUUAGCGGCAAAACAAAUAAUAAUUUCACAAUUUCACAAAAAUAAUUGAUUUUUAAGUUAAUUACAUUAUAUUCGACAAUGUCUAUGAUAAAUAAGUUAAAUAUACAGGGUAUUCGAUCGUUUGGUGAUGACAGACAGAAAAUUGAAUUUAGCACACCUUUAACAUUAAUUGUUGGAGAAAAUGGAUGUGGCAAGACUACAAUCAUUGAGUGCUUAAAGUAUGCAAUAACAGGUGAUUUGCCAAUUGGAUCUGACAAAGGAAAGAACUUUGUACACGAUGUAAAAUUAAUGAAAGAUAAAAAGAAAAGUGAUGCACGAGUCGAACUUACAAUUACAGAUCCAAAUGGUGUUGAUAAAACAGUAUUUCGAUCCAUGCGAGUUGAAGUAGUAAAAGGAAAACCAAAAUUUCAAACUUUUGACUCAACAAUCAAAUACAGUGGAACUCAUGAUAGCUUUACUGCUGGUCGUGUGGAUGAUGUUAAUAAUCAUAUGUGUGAAUCGAUGGGAGUUUCAAAAGCUAUACUUAAUAACGUCAUAUUCUGCCAUCAAGAAGAUUCAAAUUGGCCACUAGAUGAAGGAAAAAAGCUAAAGGAGAAGUUUGAUGCAAUUUUUGGAACUACAGAAUAUAAUAAUGCAAUUGGCAAGAUCGAAAAAAUCAUAAAAGUCUACAAGGAUAGAUUAAGUUUUGCAAUUAAUGCAAAAAAAGUCGAGCUAGGAUAUAAAAUGGAUGUUGAAAAAAAGGAACGGGAAAUUUUAGAUACUGAGAGUAAACUGGAAAAGAUUAAAAAGGCAUACGAAGAGUUUGAAGAGCAAAUGGUACCGUUGAACGCAAAAAAAGAUCAAAUCAUGAUGAAGGAAAAGGAUUAUGCUAAAUUAAUUAUUGAAAGGAAGUCGUACGAAGCAACAAUCACCAACAAGGAAGAAGAAAGCACUAAGCUUGAAGGAAAAAUCAAGAAAAAACUCACCGGAACUAUUGAUGACUUGGAAUGUGAAAUGGCUAAUUUUAUUGAAAAUCAGCAAGGACAGAAGGAUAAAUUAAAAUCAUUGCAGCACCAGCACACAAAAUUAGUAAAUGAUGAACGUGAGAAGCAAAAAUCAUUGAAUGAUUUAAACUUGAAAGCUUCAAAUUGUACCGAUAAGAUUCAAAAGCUGCAGGAACUAAAAUCCGAACGUUUUGGGAAAGUCAAAGACAUUUGUUCUGUGUUAAAUCUUGAUUUUGAUUACGAUGCAGAUCAGGCAGCAAAUACACAAGAUGUCGGUGAAACUCUUAAGGAUAUUAGGAGAAAUAUUGUCCAAAAAGAUAAGAAUAUUCAGUCACUAAAAAAGCUGGCUGAAGAAGAUGAGCAAAUUUUUCAUGGCAAGAUGGAUGUACUGCGCGAAGAAAAGACUAAAAUUGAAACAAAUUUGAAAACUCAACGUGAAACUUUAAAUAACAAUAAAGCCGGCGCUGUAAAGAUCCAAAAUGAAUUAAAAGAUUGCGAAAAUUCCAUUCCAAUGCUAAAGGAGUUAAAUCCACAAAUUGAAAAAGUCGAGAAAAAGCUAAACAAGCUUAAUGAUGAAAAUAAAGUCGAUGAACUAAAGGAACAACAAGAAACUAUUGGAUUUGAUGUCAUAGAACUUGAAGAUAGUUUACAUAAGAUUGAAAAUGACAUAGAAAUUCUGCAGUCAGUCUCUCGAGUCACCGUUGAGCUUGAUUCUAAGCAAAAUGAUUUGUCAAAAGAUCAGAAAGAAUUCGACAGAAUUAAAAAUAAAGUUUCGUCAAGCUUAAAAAAUUUAUUUGGAAAGCAAACUGUUGAUGCUAAUUUCCGUUCAAAAGUCCAAACAAAACGCGAGGAACUGGAAAGUGAAGUUAAAGGUAAUAAAGAACGACUUCAAAAUAUACAGCGUGAACAUGAUCGAAUGCAAGAUCAACGAACAAGUCUACGUGCUCAACAGAAACAAAAAGAUCAAGAGAUUCAUAAAAUUGAACAAGAUAUUGGUGAUGUUUGCAUGCUCGAAGAAUAUCUUAAUUACUUGGCAUCACAAAAGGAAAAAGUUGAAAAGUUAAAUAUGGAACUGGCUGUGAAAGAAUCGUCAAAAAAUACUUAUAAAGAUUUCAUUGAUAAAAUCAACGAUGCUCCAUGCUGUCCACUUUGUCAUAAAGAUUUAGAAGAUGAUGUUGAUAAGCUGAAAGCCGAACUGGAAGAGAAUAUUGAGGAACUUCCAAGAAAGAUCAAUGCCUUAAAUACCAAAUUAACACAAGAAAAGAAAAUGUAUGAAAAAUUACUUCAACUCAAGUCAUCAUAUGAUAAUUUGGAUAAGUUAAAUAAGGAAAAGUCAAAGCUCGAAACACAACAAAAGGAAUUCGAGAAUAAAUUAAAGCAAAAAGCAGAAGAAAAGGAGAAUCUCGAAGCAGUUGUUGCUGAACCUGAAGGUUUAUUAAACAUUAUUUCUCAAUCAUUCUUUGCUGAUAUUUGCAAGCUUGAUGAGUUACAACGUACAAACACCACAAAAACAAAGGAUGUCAAUGUCUUAAAAGCUAAACUUCCAAGUAAUGUCCCCAAAAAAUCAUUGCAAGAAGCACAGGCUGAAAGGAAGGAACUUUGUGAGAAAGUUAAGGCAAAUAAUGAAAAAGUCAAGCAACUUAAUGAGGAAAUAAACUCUUUCCAAACUGAAUUAAUGAACACUCGUGAGCGAUUAAAUGAUUUGAAUACAAAGAAGAAUGAAUAUCAAGAACGUGUUCAGAAAAUGGAUCUACUUAAGAUUCAAUUUAAGCAAUUAAAAGAAGACCGAAAGGAUCUCGAAGAUAAAAUCAAGGCAAAUGAAGAAAAUUUAGGUCCAACAACAAAAAAGCUCGAAUUAUAUCAAGUUGAGAUGAAGAAAGCUCGUGAUCAGCAUAAAUAUAAAAUUGAUAAGGAACAGGAUUUAAUGAAUAAGCUUAAAGUUGAUCAAGCAGAUAUUGAACGUCUGGAAAGGGAAAUUGAUGUCCUUGAGAAGAUGAAUUUAGACAGUGAAUUAGAUAGACUUAAAAGCAAUGUUGAAAAGAUUAAAGCUGCUGAAAAAUCGAUUCAAGAACAGAUUAAAAAGAAGGCAAUUGAGAUUCAGGAAUUAAAUAGUGUCUUGGCUAAUCAGGAAACAACACGCAGAAAUAUUACAGACAAUAUUGAUCUAUUAAAGCUAGCUGAAGAGAAGAUUGAAGCUGAAAAUAAUCUAGCCAAGCUUGAGAGUCGAAUUGGCAAUUUAGAUUUCAAAAAGAUGAAUAAAGAGAAAAUGGAAGUGCUUACAGAAAUUGAUAAAAUCAUCUCAAGUCGUCAUAAAAUGGCUGGCCAGGAAGGUGAAUUAAAGAAUCAAAUAAAAAGUGCACAAAAGGAAUUGAUGGAACCAAAGUUUAAGGAAGCGAAGAAAAAGUACAAUGAUGCUGUAAUUGAAGAAGCAGUCAUGAGUGCAGCUGUUGGUGACUUAAAGAAAUAUGCAGCUGCAUUAGAAAAGGCACUACUUAAAUAUCAUCAAGAGAAAAUGGAUCAAAUUAAUCAAAUUAUGAAGGAAUUGUGGAACAGCAUUUAUCAAGGAAAUGACAUUGAUCACAUUAUGAUUAAGACUGAAGAGGAACAGACAGCAGCAACAACAACCAUAAAUACUGAAAGGACUCGUCGUAGUUACAGCUAUCGUGUUGUUCAAGUUAAAGGAACUGCUGAAAUUGACAUGCGUGGUCGCUGUUCUGCUGGACAAAAAGUUCUUGCAUCUUUAAUCAUUCGUAUUGCUUUAUCUGACACAUUUAGCAGUUCCUGUGGUAUUUUAGCACUCGAUGAACCAACGACAAAUCUUGAUCAUAAUAAUGUCACCAGUUUGAGCAAUGCACUGGCACAAUUAGUAGCUGAGAGAGAUAAUGGACGAUUUAUGUUGAUCAUCAUUACUCACGAUGAGAAUUUCGUCAAAACUCUGGAAAGAGCUGAAAAGUAUUAUAAGUUAUCGCGUGAUAAUUUUGGAUGCUCUGUUAUUGAAGAAUAUAGAAAUUAUUAAGAUUUAUUAUUAUGCUGUAAGCAAGUUUUUGAGCAUUUCAUGUUUCUCUUUUCAAUAAAACAUUUAAAUUAAGGAAACGACACGAUUAAGUCUAUAUACUAAAAUUCUAUUACCCUAGAUACAGAGCUCAAAGUCGACUUCGAGCUCUGGCUAGAUAUAACAACCCUUUUAAAAGGAAUAUACCAAUAUUAUUGUUUUAUCAAUAAA